AUGCCGUCCGUGAAAGGGAAUUCAGACAUAUGGCAUUCGUGGUUAUCGAAAGGUGAUAAGAAACUUACGAAGUUCAAGGUCCGGGGUGCAAGCGAAACAGAGGUCAAACAUGUACUUCGUCGUGAGUUCAAAGAAUCUGUCGACUAUGACAAGUCCAACGUAAAACCAGAUGGCAGUAGUUUGAAGGUGAAUGUUCCGGGGACUGUAGAUGUGGGAAAGCUCUACGAAAGCCUGAAGAAGAUGGCAUCCAGUGUCACGAUUGAAUCAGUUGUUCCGGAUGAUUUAACAGAAAAACUGAAUCGAUACAAGAAAGAGCUUCAAAGCAUAAAGAAACAGAAGGAAGAGGUGGAGUCAGAACUAACCAAGAGAAAGGAAAAAUGCAAGGAUCACCAGGAAAAGAGAAAGACCGCCGAGGAGGGCUAGCAAAGGUUGAUGAGAGACAAGGAAAAUCUCAACAAAAAGAUCGGUUAUCUGAACUCAAAGCUCGAGAGAAAGGGAGAAGACAACGUGCGCCUCGAGGAGGAAAACAAGAAACUGCAACGAAAAAUCAAGGAACUCGAGGAGAAGCAAAAGGGAUGGACAUCUGUUGGCACUAUAGUCAAGGUGAAUAGCAUGUCAUCUUUGGAUGUGAGGCAUGACGGGGUGCAUCGUAGUCAUAGGAGGCAGAGGAAUGAAUUUCACAUGCAUCAAGAGGGCCAUCUACAGAUAUUGGGGAAUGAUGGAAGGGGCAUGCAUCAACAGCCCAGGCUGGAAUUUCGCCACCGAGGAAAUUGAUCCUCCUACCAUGCUACAUAUGUAUGUGUACUUUCAGUUUGCCUGCCUGUGUGAUACUGAGGAAAUCUACUUGUCUUAGUUGGACUUUUUUUGCUCUGUUCUUAGGGGAUCUCUAGUACAAUAAAUAAAUAAUGCUGGAUUACUGAGUAGUUUUAUUGUACUGAAUGUUUAAGCG